AACGUACCACUUCGAUUGCUGUCGAUUUAGCGGCUGUAUAAAUCGUAAUAGAGCCACAUUUCAACCUACAGCCUACAACUGCACACUUGCUGAUUGUCUUUAAAGAACUGAAGCCUACAUACCCUUCUAGAAACCUUAGUGGACAUGGCUGUGGAUAUGACCUCUAGAUACAUGUCCUUCAAUAAUAUGCAGGAUGAAUUAGAUUACUGGCGGAAUCAUGCUGAAAAUCUGGAAAACACAUUGUCCGAAACGAGAGCAGCUCUGGAUGAAUUCCAAGUCUCAUCGCGUGAACUCGAAGAAGAGCUUGAAAAAGAGCUCCAAACUACUGAAAAAGUAUGUGGUGACCUGAAGGCAAGAUGCGAACAGCUCAAACGUGAGUCGGAGGAAUGGAAGUCAAAGUUUACAGAAUCAAAGCAUGAACACAACAACGUUAUGACACAUAUGCAAAGAGAGAUCGAUGUUCUUCGAGCGACAGAGCAGACGUUCAGGAAGAAAACCUUGGAGUUAGAGUUGGAUAAUGAUGACUUGGAGCGAACAGAGAGAGCUGCGCAGUCGUCACUAGCCGAUAUCGAGAUGAAAUACAAUAAAGCCAUUGAACGCAAUGCUAUUCUUGAACAAGAGAUCACAACCAAAGACCAGCUAGCUGAACAAGUACAGCGACUAAAGGAUGAUUUGAACGACGUCAAUCAUGAAUUGGCAGUAUUGCAAGAUAAACACACUAAACUGGAUGAAACCAACCAAGAUCUAGAAAACAAACUGUCUUCUAGCGAACGACAAAACUCAGAACUACAAAACAAAUUACAACAGCAGCUGAAUAGAUCGCCAUCAUCUCGAGCUUCAACUCCAGAUAGAACCAGCGGAUACUAUGAACCGUCUCUUAAUCGCCUACCUACACAUCGAUCCCGAAUCCCUCGAACUUCUGGUAUUCCUGGUACAGCAUCCCCGACGUACACUGGUAACUCCAAUCCGGUCAAGAUGGUGCAGGAUAUGGUUGGAAGAGUUAGGAGCUUGGAAACUCGCCUUCAAUCGUGCCGGUCCUUGGUCACUCCACUGUUGAAUCCACCACCGUCGUACAGCUCGACGAUACCGAUUUCACCGGUGAACCGUAAAGAGUCGUUAUCAGCUGGAAAUCGAUCUAUUUCACCAACGUACAACAACACGAAUGGAAGAGCUGGUAGCCCGCUUCAGCUUGCAAAUAACAAAUAUAGGCGCUCUUCCAUCAAUGCACGAAUGUCCCCAAUGGAUACCACCGAAGACCGGAUUUAGAUGCCUUUUUUUACGUAGACUCUUUUCCCUCCGCCCUGGGUGUGCCUGCGUGCGUGUAGUAUUCAAGUAUGUAUAGAUUGCCACUUCUUUGCCCACCCGAGCUUUUCAUACCCUACCCUUUUCUCCCAUUUUAUCUGAAGUUUUUAGAAAAAUUACAACAGAUUUAAUUUGCUGUUACCUCGUUAUUUCUUUAAGGAUACCUCGGGUUUUAGGGACCCUCCUUCUUUUGUAUAAAAAUAUAUAUUCAUUUAAUAAUUAUCGAAGCCACUUUCUAUUAUA